CCAGUUUGUCGUCAAUCGGUUGCAUGGUGUCCCGGACCGGUAUCAGCACGUGAAAACUAGACUUUUACUUAACGACGACGACGACGACGAUUCGGUGUCCCCAAUGGCUUCCUUGGCUUCCCAGCCCUACGUUUUCGAUCCUAGGCCCAACUACCCACUGGUAUCAACACUCAAGCGAUACUGGAAACCCUCGUCGCCAUAUCUUGAGGACGAGGAUGCUCUGACAUUGAUAUUUGCUCAUGGAUCCGGAUUUCACAAAGAACAAUGGGAACCUACUAUUGAGGAUUUGUUCUCCUUUAUUGAAGUACAUGGUGGCCUUAACAUCCGUGAAGUUUGGUCGAUAGACGCGUCCAACCACGGCGAUGCUGCUAUAUUGAAUGAAGAAGUUCUGCGGUGGGGUUACGAAGAGACAUUUCGAUGGGAAGAAUAUGCUCGCAGUUUACACGCUCUAUUAAUGGGAUUGGGCACCGGUGUCGACGUAGACUUUACCAGUCGUCGUCUUGUGGGUAUAGGACAUUCAAUGGGAGCUGUAUCUCUACUUUUGUCCAUGACGUUCAAUCCUCGUCCCACCUUCGAAUCUCUAAUUCUGGUUGAGCUGAUGACCAUGAACCAAGAUCAUAGCUAUGCUCCCGGAACGUACCUCUUGAAUGCCUCCCAAAAUCGUAGGGACAUAUGGCCGUCAAAGGAGGAAGCCUAUAUCAUUAUGAAAAGCCGAAAAGGGUUGCAAGCAUGGGAUGAUCGAGUGUUAAGACUUUUUGUGGAACAUGGGCUUCGACCGCUGCCUACGAUUGACUACCCAGACCAGGUAAACGGUGUUACUCUGAAAUGCUCUCGAAAGCAGGAGACUGCCUGUUACCGCGACAAUUUAGGUUUUUCGCGUGCCUACCGUGGCAUGGCGUAUUUCGUCAAGCUGCUACCUAUACACCUAAUCUACGGUGCUAUUGAUGACAUCCUGCCGCCCAAAGUUAAAGACGAUGUAAUUAACAACGCAUGUGGGGGAAUCGAGAACUUGGGAUCUGUUUCCCGAGUCGAGGGUGGAGGUCAUUUGGUUGUUCAGGUGAACCCUAAAGGUUUGGCAGAGAAGAUUUGGGCAGCAUUGACGUCCUCAUCGAAAACUGCAGCUCACGCCAAAUUAUGACGUGCAACUUGUAGUCUGAAUCUUGGCUUUCCACCAAUUGUUCUAGAAAUAUUCGAAUACUUUGAGCACUGUCGAAGUCCAUCGAUAUAAAUGGCAGGUCGGAGAAAAUCUUGUAAGAUACCAGGUAUAGUUGUGUACCCACUAGAUAUAGAACAAGUUUCAUCGGAGCAUAG